CGAGUGGCUCCAGUUAACGAGCGAGCCGUAGCAGCCCAGCUGCGCUAGAACUGGACGUUUGCGCAGCGACAGGGAAGAGACACGAGCACGAUAAAUGGACUUUCUAACAAAGGACAAAAGACAGCAAGCCAGCGACUUUUAAAUAAACCUCUUUUUCGUUGAGUAUUCUCCACAAAGGGUAAAAUAGCAUUUUCUGCAUUUACGCACAAAAGGGCGUUGCUGAAUAAGACAGCAAUGUCUCAGAGAGUUCGACGAAACGUGUCGCCGACUACCAACAUUCCCGCGAGCAGCGGUGGGGGAGGUGGGAAUGGUGGUGUUGGAGCUCCGGGGGCUAAUGCGGGAUUAAGCUCGUUUGGUCGCCUGGUGCCCAUGAAGGCUACCGUUCCGUUUCAGCUGAAACUUCAGCCACAGCCCCCCCUGCAGACGAGGUCGCCGCAUGGUACCCGGAGCGGGGGAACCAGCCCCAGCGCCAGUGGAUGCGAGGCGACCGGAGCGCGCACGUCGACGUCGAGCAGCCGGAGCCCCACUCGUGCUGUCUCCGCCAGCGCCUCCCCGCUCGCUCCAUCCUCCGCCUCUCCUCCCUUCUCCUCCUCGCAGCACGCGAGCCCCGCCGCGGCCGUCGGCACGCAGACGGCUAGCGCUUCCUCGGGGGGCACCCCCACCAUCACGACCCACGCUUCCGCGUCAGGCACGGGUAGCGCGACGGGCAGACCCCCCCAGCCGCCACCUCCCGCCCCCCCACAACAGCAGCUCGCCGUGUCCUCCGCGCACGGCACCAUCCACCAUAACAGCGGCAGCGUCAUCAGCAGCCUAUCCGCGCCCCCGUGUUCUGUGCCUGGCAGAUCCCCGUGCUCCUCCCCCACGCCGCCGCUGCUCUGGCUGUCAGACUCUUCGCUGCAGGCGCCAUCACCUUCGUCCUCCUCCUCCUCCUCCUCGUCAUCCUCAGGUGGCCCCCGGGACAGACCGCAGCCCCCGCCCCAGCGCGCGUCCCCGGAGCCCGGCAGGCAGUCCCCCGAGAGACGGAGCCCGGGCUCGCCCAUCUUCAGAGCCCCGGCCCCCCCUCCCUGUGUGCAUCACAGCUGCUCCCUGGACACGCUGACCGGGCCGUACCUGUCAGGCCACUGGCCCCGCGACAGCAGCCACGCCCAGUGCGCUCCCUGCAUGAGGGACAAGGCCACCCAGACUCCCAGUGCCUGGGCUGAUGAGUGUUCGGAGAAGAGGAGGAGCUCCCACAAGCGCUCAGCCUCGUGGGGGAGCACCGACCAGCUCAAAGAGAUUGCUAAGUUGCGGCAGCAGCUUCAGCGCAGUAAGCACAGUAGUCGUCACCAUCGCGACAAGGAGCGCAAGCCCCCCUUCAACGGCAACCAUGCCGCCAUCAGCCAAUCACAGGCUCCGAUCCCGAAGAGUGUCCUGAUCCCCAUUCCCAUCUCCAAGCCCGUGUCCCGCUUCCGGAACAGCGUGGAGGGCCUGAACCAGGAGAUCGAGCGCAUCAUCGUCCGGGAGACCGGGGAGCGCGACGAGCAGCUCCUGCCUCAGGAUGUCCCUGACGGUCACCGCGCCCCCCCUCCCCUCCCCCAGCGGAGCAGUAGCACGCGCAGCAUCGACACGCAGACCCCCUCAGGCGGGGGCGGGGGGGGCCGGGGCAGUAACCAUAGCGACAGCAGCAGCCGCUCACAGUCGGUGUCCCCCACCUUCCUCACCGUCACCAACGACACCGGCAGCCCGUGUUCCCACGACGACCUGCUGACGGACGGGCGCAGCAAAGACCUGGGCUCGAACUCCCCCCUGCCCAAAUACGCCUCAUCGCCCAAACCCAACAACAGCUACAUGUUCAAGCGUGAACCCCCCGAGGGCUGCGAGCGGGUGAAGGUCUUCGAGGAGACACCGAUGCGGCCGGACGCGCCGCAGUUCCUCUGCCCCGACAGGAACAAGGUCAACUUCAUCCCCAAGAGCGGCUCGGCCUUCUGCCUGGUGAGCAUUCUGAAGCCCCUGCUGCCCACCCCGGAGCGCCCCCUGAAGGCCGGCGGCGGUAUCGCGGCGCGCAGCCUCUCCCCCGCCCCGCUGGAGCAGGAGCAGCGCGUCACCCGGGGAACCAGCACCACCAAUCAGCCGCCCAGCCUGCCCCGGCACCUGGAGGAGCCCGAGAGCUAGGGCCCGGCGGCGCCCCCUGUGGACAAACCAAGAAACUGCACCUUUCAAAAUGCCUAAAUUAUUUUUAACGAAACCCAGCAGCCGUUCAGACCCAGCGCCUGUUCAAACCCAGCACUUGUUAAACCCAGCACCAGUUCAGACCCAGCAUCCAUUCAACAUUAAAUUCAAAGCUUUUUAUUUUCUUUUGACAAGACUGGGAAAGUAUUCACUUCCUGGAGCAGAAACAGCCUGACCAGCAUCUCCAGAACAUAACAAGCAGAAAAGGGUGUCGGUGGGGGGUCCAGCUGGCCCCCCCUGGUCUGCUCCUUGCUUCUGCAGAGCUGGGACACACACAGGUAAGACGUGCCGGGGCUCACCUGUGCAAGCUGGCGGAACCUGGCCUGUGCUUCUGAAACCUUUUACCGCGGAGCCUUUUCAAACAAACAGACAAACAAACAAACAAACAAACAAACCUGCUUUCUUUUCACUGUCAAAGAGGGUUUACCUUAUCAGGACAUGACUUUUUGGACUUGUCUGCGCAACCAAGAAACCUGGGUUUAAGACACGCCCCUGGUUGGUGAAGGUCAGUUCUGAUUGGUUUCCGUAGGGCCCUCUGAGGCUCCGCCCCCUGUCUCUCGGGCUGGAGGCGGUACUGUAGCUCCGCCCAGAUCCCCGGGUCCAAUCAGACGGGACUGACACUCCAAUCUGGCUGGUUACCGUGUGCUACCUGAUUACCGUGCGUUACCUGGUUACUGUGUGUUACCUGGUGUGUCUCGACCGGGAGCUGUUUCCCCCUCGGUUUGCGUGAAAAUAUGUAGAAAAACAGAAAAAAAAGAAUGUGUGUACCUUUGUGUGUCUGACGCGCACUGCUCGUGUCCUUGUUGUGGAGUGACAUUUGACCGCAGGACUCGUGACUGCGGUAGAAGGUGUGUUCUGUUGGCUUUUAAGAAACACGAUUGAUUCAAAACUCUGGGUGGUGGAAAAGGACAGGAUUUGACGCAGGCUUUGGUCACCAGACCCGAAUAGAAAAUGCUAAAAUGGUGGUUGAGCAAAAGGCACUGUGAGGCUUUGAAGGGCGGGUCACAGGCUGGAGAGAUGAUGACAGAAAUGUUUCUAUGUGGAACUCUUAUCAAAGGGGAAACGUACAAGCAUUGGGCCUUUCUUUUUCAGGAUUACAUUUAAAACUGAAGUACUCGCACCGCUUAUUCUCACACAUGUAAAUUCCUUUCGUGUUUUUUCGUCUGGCUAAUUCUUGUUGACGACAACAGUUUUUCAGUUGUUUUUCAGACUCAGGUGGAAAAGACAUUAGCAGCAAUGAGGCGGCGGGGUCCUACAGCCAGACGUCGCAGGUUGUGUGUUAUUAGGUGACUGUGGUCAGCUAGUAGAGAACCGCAGUAGCGCUGUGUAGAGCAGACUGCUAGCUGUCCGUUAGCGAGAGAGAUGGCGGUAGCUGUGUAGAGCAGGCUGCUAGCUGUCCGUUAGCGAGAGAGAGCGGUAGCUCGUUAGCGCUGUGUAGAGCAGACUGCUAGCUGUCCGUUAGCGCUGUGUGUAGAGCAGACUGCUAGCUGUCCGUUAGCGAGAGAGAGGGCGGUAGCUCGUUAGCGCUGUGUGUAGAGCAGACUGCUAGCUGUCCGUUAGCGCUGUGUAGAGCAGACUGCUAGCUGUCCGUUAGCGAGAGAGAGGGCGGUAGCUCGUUAGCGCUGUGUAGAGCAGACUGCUAGCUGUCCGUUAGCGAGAGAGAGAGCGGUAGCUCGUUAGCGCUGUGUGUAGAGCAGACUGCUAGCUGUCCGUUAGCGAGAGAGAGGGCGGUAGCUCGUUAGCGCUGUGUGUAGAGCUGGCUAACGGGCGGACAUGGAGGCGAAGACCACAUUAUUCAACCAGACUGAUCCCCUGCUGAUGUGCAGGGAGAUUUAACGGUGCAUCACAGCUGUAAUUGCGUGUGUAAUUGUGUGUUUUACUGCGUUGGUGAGAGGAGAGGAGUAUCAGCCCAACAGACCCGUCCUCAUAGCGUCACAGUGCUGACCGCCAGGAGGUGCUGACCAGGGGGUCCUUUAGUGUUCAUCCUUUCAUUCCUCGUUUGCUCUUUAAUUUAUCUUUAUAUUUUAUUUAUUGUUUUAUUUAGUUGUAAAACAGGCUCGUUCCAAAGCCCUGGCUUUAACAGGUUAUUCCACAGACUGCUUUGACUUGCCGUCCGUUACGGGAAGCUCUGAGGGUUUUUCAUGGCGUUUGGAGAGGCAAAGCAGGCACGUCGCUCUGAAGCUGAAACAAUACGGAGUUACUGAACGCAUUCCAGACGCACGUUCCGUGUAAUGUUGGGACAGGGAAAUGCCAUGGGAUAGGAAUCAGUCUUCCAUGGUUUAGCUGUACUACAGGGUCAUCAGAAUCCGCUUCUGGAAGGGCUGGGCGUGUGUGUGUGUGUGUGUGUGUGUGUGUGUGUGUGUGUGUGUGUGUGUGUGUGUGUGUGUGUGUGUGUGUGUGUGUGUGUGUGUGUGUGUGUGUGUCAACGUAUUUGUAUUGCUUAAUUAUCCUGGUCAUAUACUCACUGCUGCCUUUUUCCAUUGCUCAGCUCUUUUACCUGUCGGUUUAACCACUGGAAGUUAGUUAUUUCACCCAAAACAUUUAUUACUGCUGCAAGAUUUAACCCAUUCGCUGCCCUGGUUGACAAAAGCCACCCAGUUCAUUAACUGCCAUGGGUGACAAAUGUGACCAAUUUUAAAGAAGGUAGCUGUCCACAAAUAAUUUAAUUCAUAGUGUUUGCAAUAUAGACUGCAUUCUCUGCACGUUUGACAUGUUCAGAGGCUGAAGUUAUAAUCUUUUUUAGAAGUUAAAAUGUCACUCAGGGCAGUUAAACUCCCAGUCAGCUAUACAAUUGAUGAGACGAUUUGACCAGUAAAUGAAGACGGAAAAUUGAAACCAAAAAACCCCCCAGUCCUGGUGCCAGUGCCUUCUACAAAAAAUGCCGUUUUGUAGAAGGGCUUGUGUACGUAUGUGGCUCUGCUAGCUCGAGCUGUCUGUACGUACAUGAUUCAGCUAGCCGUGUGUACAUAUGGGGUUCAGCUGGCUGUGUGUACGUACAUGCUUCAGCUAGCUGUGUGUACGUACAUGAUUCAGCUGGCUGUGUUUACAUACAUGAUUCAGCUAGCUGUGUGUACGUACAUGAUUCAGCUAUCUGUGUGUAUGUACAUGAUUCAGCUAGCUGUGUGUACGUACAUGAUUCAGCUAGCUGUGUGUAUGUACAUGAUUCAGCUAGCUGUGUGUACAUGCAUGAUUCAGCUGGCUGUGUG